CCUUCCCCUAUUUGAAGGACGAGAGAAUUGUGGAGAACACGCGUCCCACGCUCCAAUUGGAUUGUGUAAUGAUCGGAUAUGCAGUGUACAUUUCCAGAGGAUUUCAUUGGCCGCCUGCACUGUGGCUCAGAUUAAUUUGUAGCAGCGGCUUUCAGGUGGUGCCCAGUACAUGCAGUAUUGAACAUUGCAUCUACUAAUUUACGUUUCUGCGUUAGCGUUGCUGUCAGUCUCAGCAACUGGAAGGCUUUAGCGCUUUGCUGCAAUGUUAUAAUCCUGCACUGAAACUACCGUUUUGUCAUUGAGUUUUGUAAGCAUUUUAUAUUGUGGUUGUAUGCGCACUGGACCGAAUGGAGGGAUGUCGCGAUGAUGGUCUGCUCUAGAAGAACCAAAACUUUGGUGUCGACAUGCGUUAUUUUGAGUGGCAUGACCAAUAUUGUCUGUCUUCUCUACGUCGGCUGGAUCACUAAUUAUGUGGCCAAUGUGAACACCAAAGUCCCAGAGCCCGAACUGGAGAGGAAGUUUGAAGAUGACAACAAGGGAGAAACUCUGAAGAUUAUAGAGCGACUGGACCGACUGGAAAAUGUGGUCAACCAACAUAUCCAAGUGCCCCAAAAGGAUAAGGACAGUGAAGAAAAAGCAGGGGAGUCCCUGUCAGACUCCUCCCUGUUCGUCCGCUGGGGUCAUGACCUUGGUCCUGAGAGUCGCCGGGUGGCGCUGAAGAAGUUCCAGUACUACGGCUACAAUGGCUACCUCAGUGACCGCCUCUCUCUGACCAGACCCAUCCCAGACCUCAGACCUGAUGGGUGCAGAAACAUGUCGUACCCCUCCAAUCUCCCCCAAGUCAGUAUCAUCUUUAUCUUUGUGAACGAGGCCCUGUCGGUCAUCCUGCGCUCCAUCCACACAGCCAUGAACAGAACUCCCUCCCACCUCCUCAAGGAGAUCAUCCUGGUUGAUGACAACAGCAACAAUGCUGAGCUGAAGGAGAACCUUCAACACUUUGUGAAGGAGACCAACUCCCAGCGGCCAGACUUCAUCAAACUGGUCCGUCACGACAAGCAGGAGGGACUGAUCCGUUCCCGGGUUAGUGGGUGGAGGGCCGCUAGCGCCCCCGUCGUGGCCCUGUUCGAUGCCCACGUGGAGUUCAACAUCGGAUGGGCCGAGCCCAUCCUGCUCAGGAUCAAGGAGGACAGAACGCGCAUCAUCUCACCGUCGUUUGACAACAUCAAGUAUGACACGUUUGAGAUCGAGGAGUAUCCACUGUCUGCUCAGGGCUUUGACUGGGAGCUGUGGUGUCGCUACCUGAAUCCACCCAAAACCUGGUGGACCCAGCACAACACCACCGCCCCUAUCAGGAGCCCAGCUCUAAUUGGCUGUUUUGUGGUGGACAGGAAGUACUUUGAGAAGAUUGGUCUAUUGGAUGAGGGAAUGGAGGUCUAUGGUGGAGAGAAUGUGGAGCUUGGCAUCAGGGUAUGGCAAUGUGGGGGCAGUGUGGAGGUUUUGCCCUGUUCUCGGAUAGCGCAUAUCGAGCGUGCUCACAAGCCCUACACUCAAGACCUGACUGCUCAUGUGCGGCGGAAUGCACUUAGGGUGGCCGAGGUGUGGAUGGACGAAUACAAGAACCAUGUUUACAUGGCCUGGAACGUUCCCCCACAGAACUCAGGGAUUGACAUUGGGGACCUCUCGGAGAGGAAGGCUUUGAGAAACAGACUGCAGUGUAAAUCUUUCAGCUGGUUCUUGGCCAACAUCUACUCUGAGAUGAGAACCUACAGUGACACAGUUGCCUAUGGAGUGUUGAAGAACGCUCUGAGGAGUGACCUGUGUCUAGACCAGGGGCCUGACUCGGACAACAUCCCCAUCCUGUACAUCUGUCAUGGGAUGACGCCACAGAACGUGUACUACACGAACACGCAGCAGCUACACCUGGGGGUCCUGAGCCCCACCAUCGACGACGACGACAACAAGUGCCUGGUGGAUGUGAACAGUCGGCCGCGGCUCCUGGAGUGCAGCUACGCCACAGCCAAGCGCAUGAAACUCGCCUGGCAGUUUACUCAGGGAGGCUCCAUAGAGAACAGGAAGUCCAAGCAUUGCCUGGAGCUAGUCGAGAGCAGUGAAAUUGAGUUUGGCUACCAGCUGGCCAUACAGAAGUGCUCUGGUCAGAAAUGGACAAUCACCAACCUACUGUCAACCUACACUCGCCAAUGAGGGGAUCCUGAGUCCUGCAGGGGAAAGAGUUGCCCAUGGUGAACACUGGACCUGUGACUGACAGACACGGAAGCUUUGCUUCUUAAAAAUAUAUAUUUAUUGAGGAAGGCAAAAAUUGAAUUAUAAGUAUGCAAUCUCUUCGACUCAGACAUAAUAAUUUGAUCAAUAUUAAACAUUUCCUGGAUUCAUACAGUAUGUGGGAUUUAAGUGUCAGAUUGUCUUUUGUUAUGCUGAAUUUAGGCUGGCAUUGGCUCUAAUAUACAUGAUGUAAUUUCUGCUACUGUGUAGCAUGUGUUUGAAAAACCUUUCUUAUUCUGGUUUCUUUUGUGUCUCAGGUUUGUUUGUAGACAGAUUUUAUUAUAAGAUCACGUGGUCGGGUUCGAGGAACUGUCGCCAAUAUAUUUUGAGCGAAUAUACACACUUUUUUUAUAAGUGUAUAUGCUGGAUAUUUAUUUUAAAAACUUCAGUAAAAAUACUGAUGAGAAAAAUAUAUAUUCUGUGACUGAUUUUCCAUCCUGAGUCAUUCCUUAUGCUCUUGUGAAAGUCAAUCAAGAUGGUCCAUCUCAGUUUUGUUUUUGUGAAGACACCUUAAUAGUCUAUUUGAUACGAUAAUUAUUUUUCACAACGCAUAAAAAUGUUGGCUUUUGCAAGGAAUGCAAUCAUUAUUUUCCCCAUAUCCUGAGAAAUACAGGACUUGUUUACAGUAGCAGCUGGGUAAUAAUGGAGCAUGAUUGAAACGUCCAGUAAUAAUAUCCUCUGUAUGAUGAAACAAAUGUCCUCAUAUUAUGUUAUCACUGUUAUUACCAUUAUAAGGACACUCAUUUAAUUUACUUAAUGUCCUGUAUAUUUCAAGUGAGAAAUGAAUGCUUUCAUGUUGGUUUUCAUAUGUUGCUAAUUAAAAGUACUUUGUAGAACUAA